AUGGCCCCAAAGAAGACCACACGUCCCGCUCAGGAGAACAUCUCCCUUGGACCUCAAGUCCGAGAGGGUGAACUUGUCUUUGGUGUCGCGCGUAUCUUCGCAUCAUUCAAUGAUACCUUCGUCCAUGUCACCGAUCUCAGUGGCCGCGAAACCAUCACUCGUGUCACCGGCGGCAUGAAGGUCAAGGCAGACCGUGAUGAGUCCUCCCCAUACGCUGCUAUGUUGGCCGCCCAAGAUGUCGCUGUUCGAUGCAAGGAAUUGGGCAUCAAUGCUCUCCACAUCAAGAUUCGCGCCACUGGAGGAAAUGGCACCAAGACCCCAGGCCCAGGUGCUCAAUCCGCUCUUCGUGCCCUUGCUCGUUCCGGAAUGAAGAUUGGUAGGAUUGAGGAUGUUACACCUACCCCAUCCGAUUCCACCCGCCGGAAGGGAGGCCGCCGUGGUCGUCGUCUCUAG